AUGGAGCAGCAGAAUAAGCUCAAGGGGGAAGGGAGGCUGACGCCCCUGCUUGCCCUGGCCACGCUGAUAGCUGCCUUCGGGUCCUCCUUCCAGUACGGGUACAAUGUGGCCGCUAUCAACUCCCCUGCCCAGCUCAUGAAAGAAUUUUAUAACGAGACCCACUAUGAUAGAACCAGUGACUACCUGAGUGACUUCUCCUUGACCCUUCUGUGGUCUCUUUCUGUGUCCAUGUUCCCCUUCGGAGGCUUCAUCGGCUCCCUCAUGGUCGGCUUCCUGGUGAAUCAACUUGGAAGGAAAGGGACCUUGCUGCUGAACAACGUCUUUUCAAUUGUGCCAGCGAUCCUGAUGGGAAGCAGCGAAGCUGCCCGGUCAUUCGAGAUGAUCAUCUUGUCCAGGCUGUUGGUGGGCAUAUGCGCAGGUCUGUCUUCCAAUGUUGUCCCUAUGUACUUAGGGGAGCUGGCCCCUAAGAACCUGAGGGGGGCCCUGGGGGUGGUGCCCCAGCUCUUCAUCACUGUCGGCAUCCUCGUGGCCCAGAUCUUCGGCCUUCGGAAUGUCCUUGCAACCAAGGAAGGCUGGCCGAUCCUCCUGGGGGUGACCGGGAUCCCGGCAGGCCUGCAGCUCCUGGUGCUGCCCUUCUGUCCUGAGAGCCCCAGGUACCUGCUGGUUCAGAAGAAAGACCCCGAAGCUGCCAGGAAAGCCUUGAAGAGGCUGCGUGGCUGGGACAGCGUGGAUGCUGAAAUGGAGGAGAUCCAGCAGGAGGCCGAGGCCGAGAAGGCCGCGGGCUUCAUCUCCGUGGUGAAGCUGUUCAAGAUGAGGUCCCUGCGGUGGCAGCUCAUCUCCAUCAUCGUCCUCAUGGGCGGCCAGCAGCUGUCGGGGGUGAACGCGAUCUACUACUACGCGGACCAGAUCUACCGGAGCGCCGGCGUGGGCGAGAACGACGUCCAGUAUGUGACGGCCGGCACGGGGGCUGUCAACGUGGUGAUAACCAUGGUGGCCGUGUUCGUGGUGGAGCUCUUGGGGAGGAGGGUCCUGCUGCUCCUGGGCUUCUCCGUCUGCUUCUCCGCCUGCUGCGUGCUCACGGCCGCCCUGGUUCUGCAGAAUACAGUAACCUGGAUGCCUUACCUCAGCAUCACCUGUGUCAUCCUCUACGUUGUAGGACACGCCCUGGGGCCCAGCCCCAUCCCCUCGCUGCUGAUCACCGAGAUCUUCCUGCAGUCCUCCCGCUCGUCUGCCUUCAUGGUGGGGGGCAGCGUCCACUGGCUCUCCAACUUCGCCGUGGGCUUGCUCUUCCCCUUCAUUCAAGAGGGCCUCGAAGCCUACAGCUUCAUCAUCUUUGCUGUGAUAUGUCUCCUCACCACCAUCUACAUAUCCCUGGUUGUCCCCGAGACCAAGGGCAAGACGUUCAUGGAGAUCAAUCAGAGUUUCGCCAAGAUGAACAAGGUGUCAGAGGUGCACCCAGAGAAGGAGGAACUGAAGGAACUGCCGCCCCCCAUUCUGGAGCGCUAGCUCAGGGGGAGGAGCCUGUGGAGCAGGUCUGUGUGGAGCUCCCUUCAUGGGGUUUUUCCCUGACUAUCACUAUCCAGAACUAGGACAAGUCCCGGGUG